AGGAAACAAAAAUACAAAGCCGGACACACACACACUCAGAGAUACAUACACACACAGAGACAGACACAGAGACUGACAGACACAGAGAGACAGACACAGAGACUGAUACACACAGAGAGUCAGACACAGAGAGUCAGACACAGAGACUGACACACACAGAGAGUCAGACACAGAGACAGACACACAGAGACUGUCAGACACAGAGACUAACACACACAGAGAGACAGACACAGAGACUGUCAGACACAGAGAGUCAGACACAGAGACUGUCAGACACAGAGAGUCAGACACAGAGACAGACACACAGAGACUGUCAGACACAGAGACUGACAGACAGAGAGACUCACUCAGAGACUGACAGACAGAGAGAUUCACACAGAGACAAUUCUGAACAGGGGAGAAUCCCGACCUCACCCUUCAGGUAAGAUUAUUAUAACCUGUCUCUAAUACAGAACCUGUAUCUUCAUAUAAUACUGAUUGCUAAAUAUAUCCUAAUACAGAACCUGUAACUUCAUAUAACACUGAUUGCUAAAUAUAUCCUAAUACAGAGCCUGUAUCUUCAUAUAAGACUGAUUGCUAAAUAUAUCCCAAUACAGAACCUGUAACUUCAUAUAACACUGAUUGCUAAAUAUAUCCUAAUACAGAGCCUGUAUCUUCAUAUAACACUGAUUGAUAAAUAUAUCCCAAUACAGAGCCCGUAUCUUCAUAUAACACUGAUUGCUAAAUAUAUCCCAAUACAGAGCCUGUAUCUUCAUAUAACACUGAUUGCUAAAUAUAUCCUAAUACAGAGCCUGUAUCUUCAUAUAACACUGAUUGCUAAAUAUAUCCUAAUACAGAGCCUGUAUCUUCAUAUAAUACUGAUUGCUAAAUAUAUCCUAAUACAGACAGAACCUGUAUCUUCAUAUAACACUGAUUGCUAAAUAUAUCCUAAUACAGAACCUGUAUCUUCAUAUAACACUCACUGCUUCUGGUAAUUAAAUAUAUCUCUAAUACAGAACUUGUAACUUCAUAUGAUACUAACUUUCCAGUUUAGAAAUCUCUUCUUCAGUUAUUGUCGCAGUCUGGUGUUUAAUUAAUAUACCCCUCUUUGUGACAUUACCAGUACUGUGGCUUUUUUGAUAUGAUACAAAAAUUUGCAACAAUGUAGAUAUUCCUGAAUUAAUUAAUGAGUAAAGGCAACUUUCUGCACUCCCUCUGGUGCUUUGCCAGCAUUUUGGUUGUCAGAGCAUUAUGGGUGAUGUAGUUCAGAGCAUCUGGAGUGCCAAAGGUUGCCUCUCCCUGCUCUAAUUGGCCAAACCACUUCAUCUUUAUUUUGGUCCAUAGACCCCGCCCCUCUUGUCUGACACAUAAACCACGCCUCUAGCGCCUGUCAGACAGGCAGCCAUUACAGGCAUGUCCUCAUUGAAGACCUUGAAUUUGCAAAGGGCUUCAUGUUCAACGUCAUCACACACAUCGAACGAACAAAACUUAUCAGAAGUUAUGACGUCUUCAGAGGCGGCGUGGCUGCAGAAUAUAGACUAUCUUAGCAAAGGUUUAAAGAUAAGUGGAUUUGCUUUUUAUUUUUAUUUUAACAAAGGAGGGGGGGGCUGGAUCUACAUUAAAAAGACAACAUGCCAAUAUAAAAAUAAAUAUACUUAAAGGACCACUAUAGUGCCAGGAAAAACAAACUCGUUUUCCUGGCACUAUUGGGUCUUUGGGACCCCUCCCUCUGGGUCCCACUCCCGCUGAGCUGAAGGGGUUAAUCACUUACCUUUCGCCCUCGGUGCUGGGGACUCUCCUCCCUCUUCCGACGUCAUCAUCCGAUUGCGCAUGCGCGGUCAGUCCAUAGGAAAGCAUUUCUCAAUGCUUUCCUAUGGACACUGGCGUCUUCUCGCUGUGAUUUUCACAGUGAGAAGCUCCUCUAGCGGCUGUCAAUGAGAUAGCCACUAGAGGCUGGAUUAACCCUAUUUUAAACAUAGCAGUUUCUCUGAAACUGCUAUGUUUACAGCUGCAGGGUUAACCCUAGAUGGACCUGGCACCCAGACCACUCCAUUGAGCUGAAGUGGUCUGGGUGCCUAUAGUGGUCCUUUAAAUAUAUUUAGACAAUGUUAGAGUGUACCUUUAAGCGAUCUACAGAGUGUUGUUUCAUUUUUAGAAUUUUCUAUGUGAUGCAAAACCAAAAUAAAAUUGUGCAAUUAAGAACACAAGAGACACCACCAAAAAACCCAGAAGAGGAUAAAGGUUAUCAUCUCAUAUAUCAGUGUGAGCAAAUAGUGGGACCCUAUUUGUGUGUAGAGAGUAAACAGAGCAAAUGUAUGCCAGCCCAGAGCAUCAUGAGAUUUAUUAUUACAUAUAUGUAGACGGUCCUACAUAUAAAUAGCUUCUUUUUAUUUUUUUUAAACAUUCUGUGUUUAUUGAGUUUUCUUUUGUUUGUCAAAAGGUAGCAUUACAGAAAGGAAACAUGUGAUUGAUAUUUCAUAUACAGUAACAGGUUGUGGUAGCAGUUAAUUGGAUACAAUGCUCGUUAGUAAGUCAGUUUAUUGCCACGGUUAUAAACACUGCUCAAAAAAAUAAAGGGAACACAAAAAUAACACAUCCUAGAUCUGUAUGAAUUAAAUAUUCUUCUGAAAUAAUUUGUUCUUUACAUAGUUCAAUGUGCUGACAACAAAAUCACACAAAAAUUAAAAAAUGGAAAUCAAAUUUUUCAACCCAUGGAGGUCUGGAUUUGGAGUCACACUCAAAAUUAAAGUGGAAAAACACACUACAGGCUGAUCCAACUUUGAUGUAAUGUCCUUAAAACAAGUCAAAAUGAGGCUCAGUAGUGUGUGUGGCCUCCACGUGCCUGUAUGACCUCCCUACAACGCCUGUGCAUGCUCCUGAUGAGGUGGCAGAUGGUCUCCUGAGGGAUCUCCUCCCAGACCUGGACUAAAGCAUCUGCCAACUCCUGGACAGUCUGUGGUGCAACGUGACGUUGGUGGAUGGAGCGAGACAUGAUGUCCCAGAUGUGCUCAAUUGGAUUCAGGUCUGGGGAACGGGUGGGCCAGUCCAUAGCAUCAAUGCCUUUGUCUUGCAGGAACUGCUGACACACUCCAGCCACAUGAGGUCUAGCAUUGUCUUGCAUUAGGAGGAACCCAGGGCCAACAGCACCAGCAUAUGGUCUCACAAGGGGUCUGAGGAUCUCAUCUCGGUACCUAAUGGCAGUCAGGCUACCUCUGGCGAGCACAUGGAGGGCUGUGCGGCCCCCCAAAGAAAUGCCACCCCACACCAUUACUGACCCACUGCCAAACCGGUCAUGCUGGAGGAUGUUGCAGGCAUCAGAACAUUCUCCACGGCGUCUCCAGACUCUGUCACGUCUGUCACAUGUGCUCAGUGUGAACCUGCUUUCAUCUGUGAAGAGCACAGGGCGCCAGUGGCGAAUUUUCCGAUCUUGGUGUUCUCUGGCAAAUGCCAAACGUCCUGCACGGUGUUGGGCUGUAAGCACAACCCCCACCUGUGGACGUCGGGCCCUCAUACCACCCUUAUGGAGUCUGUUUCUGACUGUUUAAGCAGACACAUGCACAUUUGUGGCCUGCUGGAGGUCAUUUUACAGGGCUCUGGCAGUGCCCCUCCUGUUCCUCCUUGAACAAAGGCGGAGGUAGCGGUUCUGCUGCUGGGUUGUUGCCCUCCUACGGCCUCCUCCACGUCUCCUGAUGUACUGGCCUGUCUCCUGGUAGUGCUUCCAUGCUCUGGACCCUACGCUGACAGACACAGCAAACCUUCUUGCCACAGCUCGCAUUGAUGUGCCAUCCUGGAUGAGCUGCACUACCUCAGUCACUUGUGUGGGUUGUGGACUCCAUCUCAUGCUACCACUAGAGUGAAAGCACCGCCAGCAUUCAAAAGUGACCAAAACAUCAGCCAGGAAGCAUGGGAACUGAGAAGUGGUCUGUGGUCACCACCUGCAGAACCACUCCUUUAUUGGGGGUGUCUUGCUAAUUGCCUUUAAUUUCUACCUGUUGUCUAUCCCAUUUGCACAACAGCAUGUGAAAUUGAUCGUCACUCAGUGUUGCUCCUAAGUGGACAGUUUGAUUUCACAGAAGUGUGAUUGACUUGGAGUUACAUUGUGUUGUUUAAGUGUUCCCUUUAUUUUGUUGAGCAGUGUAGUAUCUUAGAGUCUUUUCGACUUUAGCAGGUUAGGUUUAUAGGCCUGUGGUUGACGUUUCCAGCUUGUGGCUGGCGUGAAUUGUAGUCGUAUACAUAUUGUUGUUCUUUCCAGAACAAUACUUAAAGAAAAUUGCUUUUUUUAUAGUUUCCUAAGACACAGCAAAUGUCAGUAGCAAGCAGACACCUUUUUAAAUGGAGUCUCUCAUUCUCGUCUGUAGGUUAUGUGUUCGUAUAGCAUAAACUCAUACCCGGCAGGGAAUCAUGGGAUAAGUUGUUUAUACACACCUCCCCCUGUCCCACUUCCCCCACUGCCCCACUACGACGUUUAAAGGUUACAAAGUUUAAAACUCGCUGAAAAUAUAUAUGUUUGAAGAGUGUAUCCUCUUUUUUUAAUUUUGCAAAAAGUGCAGAUUUCAAUAGAAAUUGGCACUUUUAUGAAUUAACUAUGUUACACCUCUCUGGCUUUCAAGCAGACAACUGUUACUGUUACUUCCUGGAUUGGUUAGCUCAGUGGUGCUAAACCCAAGAGGCAGCAACUGCCCAGAGUAGCUGCCUUGCAAAGACUUCUCAUUGAGCUUCAUUGGGAAGUGUGUGAUUGGACAGUCACAUAAAAUCUGGGUGGUUUUAGAAGGGGAUACGCUGUUUUUAGAAAUACCUGCAAUGAAAAACAAUACAUAAUUAAAUAAAUGCAAUUUCUUUUUUGGGGGAGAAUUUAUUUUGUAUUUAGGCAGUGGCGUGUCACUUUAAACAAACAUUCAAGAAAGCAGAUCAAUUCAAAGAUGAUAAAUAUAUAUAACUCCUAACUCAGCUCUAAACCGGGCAACUGCAGAGGGCGGAGACACUGAAUGGCAGUGCUGCCCCAGGAAGCACCUCUAGCAGCCAUCUGAGGAUAGGCCAGUGGAGUUAUCCCUUGGCUGUAAUGUAAACACUGCAUUUUCUUUGCAAAAAACUGUGUUUACUGCAAAAUUCUACUCAUCAGGACAAAUACAAUAAGCUGUAAUUGUUCUAAUCACUAUAAUGUCCCUUUAAAUACUCUACAGGUUUCAAUGUAUAUUCUACACAGGUUAUAUUUUUUCAGUCACAAAAUAAGCGUUGCGGCCUGUUUUAGUAAACAAUCAGAUAAGCGAACUGGUUCUGUUUAAUGUCCUAUUAAUGAGCACUAAAGGUCUAUGUGUACUGAGCCGGUCACACUAUGCUGGGAUAGUCUGUGUGCUUCCUAUACAGUCCUAUUAAUGAGCGCUAGAGGUCUCUGUGUACUGAGAUGGUCACACUAUGCUGGGAUAGUCCGUGUGCUUUCUAUACAGUCCUAUUAAUGAGCGCUAGAGGUCUAUGUGUACUAAGCCGGUCACACUAUGCUGAGAUAGUCUGUGUGCUUCCUAUACAGUCCUAUUAAUGAGCGCUAGAGGUCUCUGUGUACCGAGAUGGUCACACUACGCUGGGAUAGUCUGUGUGCUUUCUAUACAGUCCUAUUAAUAAGCGCUAGAGGUCUAUGUGUACCGAACCGGUCACACCAUGCUGGUAUAGUCUGAGUGCUUUCUAUACAGUCCUAUUAAUGAGAUCUAGAGGUCUCUGUGUACUGAAACGGUCACACUAUGCUGGCAUAGUCCGGGUGCUUUCUAUACAGUCCUAUUAAUGAGCGCUAGAGGUCUGUGUACUGAGCCAGUCACACUAUGCUGGUAUAGUCCGUGUGCUUUCUAUACAGUCCUAUUGAUGAGCGCUAGAGGUCUGUGUGUACUGAGCCAGGCCUAUGUGUACUGAGCCACUACACUGGGAUUUUCAAACAAAUGAUCACAUAACAAUCACUGUAGUGUUUCUAAUUCCUGAUCUCUCUUAUUACUUUAGGACCAGUGAUGGGACAGUUCUCUGGUCCAGAGAUUGCUAAUUUGUCCCAGCUUCAGGAGAAGGUAGAGCUUCGACUUGCUUGCGAGAUCUGCAGUAAAAGGGAAAAUGAAAUCACUUUCGUUCUGCGACUCUCCAAGCACAGCUGUAAAUGCCAAGUACUGCUUGCCAGGCUAAGGAAUGGGCAGAAUGGGGGGCACUGGCACGAGGUUAGAGUCCGUCCUACUUUUCCAGUGCCAGCCCGCUAUGCAGUUUGUUGGCACUACCAACCAAACAAAGGAUGCAUCAAGCAUUCUCAAAAUUGUACCUUUGCCUGGAGUGAAGAGGAAAUUGAAGUUUGGGCCUUUGAGAAAACAUGUAAACUAGACAGGAACCAGCUUCAAGGUAUGUUGAUGCCCACCCCCUACACUGGUGCUGCUCCUGCUAAAGAUUUGAAUGGCAUCUUGGAAAAGUUCGGAGGGCAUUUUCAGGAAGUGUGUGAGCAAUGUUUUUACCAAAGCCCUCAGAAGAUCACCAACUACCGGCAUUGCCAGACUCACCCUCGCGGCGUACCCCUCCUUGCACAUAUUGUGACUGGUGAAAGCAGGACAAUAUGUCACGCAGUCCACCCAUUGCCCCGUCAGCAAACCAUUCACCUGUGCCACCAAUCAUCACGUGGAAUCCUGUGCCGAGUGGAAGGUGGGCAUUGCCCGCAUGCUCACAGCGAGGUAGAGCUAGCGGUAUGGAAGGCGGAGAAAGAUGAUGGGCUCAGUCGUGGGAAUAUUGUGCAGCAAUUGGAGCAAAAUGAGGGUUUUUACUGUCGCUUGUGCCUUGUCACUGCCCCGACACAGGAAAGCUUCGAAAUGCAUUGCUCUACGCCAGAACACAGGCGUAUGAUGGAAGAUGACACUCUGACUGUGUGGAAUCAUCGCAAACCACCUACUGACAUUAACGACUUCACCCUCUGUGAAAGGUAAUCAGAGAGCGUUCCAGUGACCCUGUUUGUCUGUCCCCAUCCUGUACACAGUGACCCUGUCUGUGUUUCUGUUCCUCUCUUGCACACAGUGAUUCCCUCUCCUGUACACAGUGACCCAGUCAGUCUGUUCCCCUCCUGUACACAGUGACCCUGUCUGUCCAUCCCUCUCUUGCACACAAUGACCCUGUCUGUCGGUCCCCAUCCUGUACACAGUGACCCUGUCUGUCUGUCCCUAUCCUGCUCACAGUGAUCCUGUCUGUCUUUACCCAUCCUGUACACAAUGACCCUGUCUGUCCAUCCCCAUCCUGUACACAGUGACCCAUUCUGUCUGUCCCUCUCCUGUUCCCUGUCUGUCUGUCCCCAUUUUGUACACAGUGACCCUGUCUGUCCGUCCCCAUCCUGUACACAGUGACCCUGUCUCUUUGUCUCCAUCCUGUACACACUGAGCCUGUCUGUCUGUCCCUCUCCUGUACACAGUGACUCUGAUUGUCUGUCCUCAUCCUGUACACAGUGACACUCUCUGUCUGUCCCCAUCCUGCUCACAGUGACCCUGUCUGUCUUUACCCAUCCUGUACACAGUGACCCAGUCAGUCUGUUCCCCUCCUGUAUACAGUGACCCUGUCUGUCCAUGCCUCUCUUGCACACAAUGACCCUGUCUGUCGGUCCCCAUCCUGUACACAAUGACCCUGUCUGUCGCUCUCCUGUACACAGUGGCCAUGUCUUGUCUGCCCCCAUCCUGUACAUAGUGACCCUGUCUAUCCAUCCCCAUCCUGUACACAGUGGCCCUGUCUGUCUGUGGCUCUCCUGUACACAGUGACCCUGUCUGUCUGUCCCUCUCCUGCUCACAGUGACCCUGUCUGUGUUCACCCAUCCUGUACACAGUGACCCCGUCUGUCCGUCCCCAUCCUGUACACAGUGACCCUGUCUGUCUGUCCCUCUCCUGUACACAGUGACCGUGUCUGUCUGUUCCCCUUCUGUACACAGUGACCUUGUCUGUCUGUUUCUUGUGUUUCUGAGUACACUAUGACUGUGUAUGUUUGUGUCUAUGCAGUCCGUUGUCCUGUGUUUUUGGGACCGGCUGUCCUAAAGCCCACAGCAAGGAGGAGCUGGAGGAAUGGAUGCUGAGAAUGAAGGUCAGCAAGAGGAACAAGCAAGUGGUGGAGGUGGAGGGACUGCAGUCUUACCAAAAUAGACUGAUCGAGGAAUACAGGCUGGACGAUGAGACAGUGAGUUCUUUAACAAUGAUAUCAUAAGGGUCAAUGAGAAACACUUGCUGUCUGUUUUGCACAUUGUAACCAGAGAAUGAUGUCAGUAUGAGCGACAACCCCUAUCAUACUUGCAUUACUGAACAUCACGGUCUCCCAGCAUGGAGGGGGGGGGGAGGUCUGGGCCCUACUAAAGUGGCUCUUUUGGAGACAGAAACAAUGUGAAAGAAAGGGCAUACACAAACUCAUUGACAGCCACAGCCUAUCACUCUCACUCACCCACUCGCUCACAUGGGUAUAUCUACACACAUUCCCAACAGGGGGUCAUUGUGAAAAAUAAUGCAUUGCAGAACCUGGGUGCAUUGGUGUCUGCAACGUAGCUGACUUAGGACAAGAUAAUUUAAUAACCUACCAGACACCAGGGCGCCUAGAAAUAAUAACCAGAAAACGACAUGUUCUCCUACAGUUACCUCCAAGUUUCUUACGUCCCCAGAUAGCUCUGAACAAGGAGUAUAAACAAUGUGAAAAGAUCAGAUUUAGAGUCCCAGUCAUUGUUAAUCACUUCUGGACCCCCGGGGAAGGGAGCUCCCCUAAGUCCUUAGUGUCGCUAGACACCUCAUAAACUCCUUGAUCUCCCUUCCAAAAAGUGCUCUGUUUGGUGGUCCUGGAGCCGAAAGCAACCUUCGAUGAAGUUUGACCAGACUGCAAUACUCCCACAAUCCGAGUCACAGUUCCAAAAUUUUUGGGGUAGCUCCCGGUCGGGCUUCCUGCACCUGAGAGAGCCUUUUGCGAAUCCCUGAGAGUUUUGGGGUGGGUGUUUUGGUUCUCUAGCUGGGAGGCAAAGCAGGGAAGGGUACAAAUAAUACGAAUAAUAUAUAUAUAAAACAAGGUGCACACCAGAAAGUGGAAGGAUAUGGGACUAUAUACAAUAUUACCCUUAAAAGAAAAUUGUAUGAAGACUCCUUAAAUCUUCAGCAUAAAUAUAAGAAAUAUACAAUUUAGAAAAAAAUAUAAUAAAAUAGUGCAGAUCUGUAGGCCAAGUGGAACGCUGAUGGUUUUAUUGCACACACAAGAUAUAACUUGAUUGUAAGCUCAUAAUGGUGUCUUGAAACGAUGUAGCCUUUAAGGGUUCUCUCUUAUUUCAUAUAUACAUGGGAAAGAGAGGGAGAACAUAGAAAUAUAGUGUGCCAGUAUAAAGAUAAAACCACCUUUUAUUUAUAUUGGUUGGUACCAUGAAAAUGAGCUUGUUUGUGGAGGAAGUUGCCAGUUGUUAAAAGUGACCGUGUAAUCUGUCAUUCCCACUGUCAUUAUAACUGACACAUACACACACUCACACUCCAAUUCUUAUGAAGUUAUUGGGCAUUCGGAGUGAAUUUCUCAUUUUACUACAAAAUAGACAAACUGCAAAAGAAAAUCUGUUUUGUUUUCAGUUCAGGUAUCUAAGCCUACAAUUUGAAAAUUACUUUGAAUUCAAAAGAAUUCACACUUUGGCAUUUUAGUGUCACAUUACCAGUGGCAAUAUUUAGACACCCAUCAAAUGCAAUAUUUAGACACCCAUCAAAUGCCACUUUCACACGAUCGCACCAUUUAUAACUCGAUGUCAGUUCAGUCCCACAUACUGAUCCAUGACUUGUUACUUCCUUUUCAGCUGUCAGAAUAUGUUGAAGGGGCUAGAAUUUCCUGUGACCGAUCCCUAGACCUCCACAUCCCCGAAAAACCAGUUACAACAACGUGGACAUUUACUGUACAUUCAAAGGUAAGGAAUGGAAUGUGUUGACACAAAUACCACGACUAUAGAAUGUAUAAAUGUGAAGAAUGGAUGGCUCCAAACACCAGUGAUGGUUAAUUAUUGAACUCUCACAAUGUGUUUCCGCUUCCCUAACAUCAUGCUUCCUCUUUAACCUACCAUAUAGUUUUUUCUAUUCCCCUCAUCCUGUGCUAUCUUCAUCUUUUCCCCUUCCCCUCUCUCAUUCCAUGCUUUAUUUUCCCUAUUCAAGCACGAUUUUUCCCUUUCUUUUCAGGAUUUCCCCCAUCUCCUCCAACCCUCUCCAAUUCUCUUUCCAAGGUUUUCUUAUUUCACUGUCCUCCGAGUCUUCCCUACUCUCUUCACCUGUCCUUCUCCUCUCCUUUUAAAUUUUUUUCACCAACCUUAGAGAGAGAGAGAGAGAGAGAGAAAGAGAGAGCUGUCUGUGUGUGUAUCUCUCUUUUAGAUCAGUUUGAUGUUCCUACAUAUCAUAGAAUGUCCAAGCCAUCAACUUGCUAGUUUUCUUUUUCAGAUGUCUCUCGUGCAUGUGGCUCUGUUGAAGAGAGAUCCCGGAGUUUCCUUCUCAUUGUUGGCACCUGAUCUCCCGGAAUCUUGUCAUUAUGCACAGGGUUGCAGCUUCCAAGCUGAGGCACCUCGGCUCCAGUAUACCAUCAAAGUGCUUGCAGAGGGAUCAGUAUUUGGGCUUUUUGAACAGUGGUUGGUUUUAGACUUUGGAGAGCGUCCAGCUUUACUGAAGAAGAUCUUUCUGAAGAUUGGGGGCCAUGAUAUAGCACCGGUUUCCCAAAACAAUGCCUCUCAUCAAGAGAUAAAUUCACUUCCAACCUCUGAACGGUGGUAUGCGGACACAAAGCUGUGUGUCCCGUGCAAGGAGAGGACACAGGAGGAGAAAAGUCUCAUGGACCUUUACAAACCACCAAAGAUACUAAAUCAACAGCACAUGUCAACAAACAAAAACUCACUCACAACUGAAAACUACAGAAGAUAUAUUCAUGAGUGGCUACUCCAGGAAGAGGCAGCUAGGGAACAAGUGAUAAGCCGGUGAGAGAAGGAGAGACUCAAUUUCUUUUGUAGUUAAAAGACAGUAGACAUUACAACCAUUUCAUCAUAUUGAAUUGGUUAUAUAGUGCCUGGAGUCCUCCAGCUCGUUCCCUCCAUUCAGUGUUUACCCAUGUUCAAGCAGCUUACCACUGAAUGAGGGUCCCUGGCCAACCACAGACUGGCCCCAACUGGAGGUGUGGUUAAGGCAGAGAUUACACACUUUCUUCUAGCCGUACCAAUUUAUAACAGCAAUGUGCACUGUGAUAGACUGAAAGCAGCCAGCUGACACUCUCAGCCAAUCACAGCCAUUCAUUGCUGUUUAGGCUAAUACUUCCUCAUUAGUCCACGCCACGCCACGCUGGUCUUGCCAGGUCUGUACCCACCUGGCUCCGCCUCCAUGGCUGAGAUAAGAAAUCUUGAUGAUCUCAGCUAAUCCAGUGCUUUUCCGUAGGAAAGCAUUGGGAGGCUAUUGCACAUGCGCGGGAAAACGCUGUACUGUGCCACUCAGCAUCACUUUAUAGAGAUGCAUUAAAUCAAUGCAUCUCUAUGGGGAAUCCCAUCCAAAAGGGCAGAACAGAUCCAAAAUGCAGGCCGGCACUCUCUGCACGAGAGAUACAGCAACCCCAGACAUUCAUUUCAUCCAUGUUAGGCAUCGUCAGUGCGGUAUAGCCGAUAUCCUUCCAGGCACCGUGAGCAAGGGGUCCAGUUUCAGUUCAGAAUUAAACCGUCUUGCCCUUGUGUACCCAAUAAGGAGUAUUACCCAGUGUUCCAUUCAGUGUAAAAGUAGUGGAUAAAUAGGGUGAAUAAGUUCACUGGUUGUUUAUAUUUAGCCUCCGCCAUACAUUUUACUGGGAUCAAAUCUGAUUUAUUAAGGACCUUGAAGAAUGUUUUGCACAAAAAAAAUCACAAUAAAACAAAAGGUGGUGAUUGAAUUUCUAUCAAACUGAUUCAUUUCAUUGGUUACUGGAAUAUACUAAAAAUAAUCUUUUAGAACUGUUUUGGAGGCCCUGUCUCAUAAUGUAUUAAUAUAUGUUUUUGAGUGUUUUUUUUUUUCGUUCCUCUCUCCAGGCUGAACAUGAAGGUCCCUGUAUCUCUAAGUAAGAUGGUGACAACCUUGCAGGGCAUGUGGUUUCCUCACAUUGGUGGGUUGUGUGCAGAAGUUUUUCUCCCGAAAGGCAUGACAAAAGACACAGAAGAAGGAUACUUACUCAGUAGGUCUGUGAAUACAGCUCUAUUGGCCCCUUGCCCACAGCAAGAUGAUAAGGUGUAUGAAGUGCUUGUAGUUAGUAGUGUUGAUCUAGAGAGCAGCAUUUUGCUUGAGAUACCAGAGCGUUGCUGUAGAGAGUUGGCCAUUGAGGAAAGAACAUCCCCCUUGAUGGAGAUCCAAUUCCAGAUGGAUCGGUGGAAUUUCUGCUUGUACCACAAGGCAGUGGACCUGCUGCAGGAUGAGAAGCUUGUGCUACCAGAACUGGCCAACUGUUCGCUUCCCACAUUCAAGGGUUCACUGUCAUGGGGAAACUCUAAACAACAAAUGGCUGCAUCUUAUAUCAUAGGAUCUGUGCCAGAAGGAAAGCUGGUGGCUCCUCUUCUUAUCUACGGACCCUUUGGAACUGGGAAAACCUAUACAAUGGCCAAGUCAGCUUUGGAGGUAAUCAAGCAAGACAACACCCGAGUGCUGAUCUGUACUCAUAAUAACAGGUACUAUUGACAUGUAUUACAUUAAAAUAAUUCCCAACAUUCCAAAAAACAUUUUCUCACCUCUACUUGUAUUUGGUUUGUAUUUGUAGUGUUGCUGAUCUUUACAUUCGAGAACAUUUCCAUCCUCAUGUGAUGUCAGGUCAUUCAGACGCCACCCCUCUCAGAGUGAAGUAUAAGCUAAGCAACAUAAGGAGGACUGAUCCUAUCACACUGCAGUACUGUGCUUUAAAAGAAGAUGGUUUAUCUUUUAUCUCACCCCAUCGAAAAGACCUAGAUCAACAUCGUAUCAUCGUGGUGACUGCUGAAACCUCCCGUGACCUAGAGGUGCCCCGUGGAUACUUCAGCCACAUAUUUCUAGACGAGGCGGCUCAGAUGCUGGAGAGUGAGGCUCUAAUUCCCUUAGCACUGGCCAAUAACUGGACCCGCAUCAUCAUGGCUGGAGAUCAUAUGCAGGAAUCUCCAAGACUUUUUUCCCAAAAACACACCGACUGCCAUGAACAGCAUGACCUGCUCACACGUCUCUUCUCCUUUUACCAGAGACAUGAUUGUCCUGCAGCAAAAGGUGCACGUAUUGUCUUCCACCAAAACUAUCGUUCUGUUCCCGAGAUCAUCUCCUUUAUUUCCCGAUGCUUUUAUGUUGGCCGAGGUGAUUCUAUAGAUGCCUGUGCCAAUGAUACAGAAGCUCUUCCUGCAGGUCAAUUUACCUUUGGCCUUUGCCAUGUACAUGGACCUUGCAAACGAGAAGGCAGCUCCUGGGUGAAUGAGUCUGAGUCAUUGCAGGUUUUGGAAGUAGUCCGAAAGGUACUUGAACAGUGGCCGAAAAGUUGGGGACCUGUCAGGGCAAGCAAUAUCUGUGUAGUGUCCCAAGGAAGUCAGGUAUGUAAAGGGGUAAUAAUUGGUUUUAGUAGUGGGAUCUUUCAUCAUGCAUUCAUCCUACCGACCAUCCCAAAUAUUUAAUAUAUUUAUAUACUCGCCUUCUUUUCUUAUUUACCCCAAUGACCCCACACUACUGUCCUAGGUGUAAUAUGUAUGUCCUUGUAGGUGCAACUGAUACGUCAGGAGCUGCGCAAAAUAAACUGCCGUGACAUCACAGUAACAACUUAUAGCAACAUCAUAGGUAUGUCUAUUUACAUGACCUAAUUUGAUACUUUAAGAGCCUCUCAGACACUGUGUACCUGUCACCACACUGCAUACAUCCUUCUGACACUACGUAUCUAUCAUGACACUGCACACAGCCUUCUGACCCUGUGUACCUAUCACAGUACUACACGCAGUCCUCUGACAAGAAACUAAUUUCUACAUUACUACAAGUCCUCUCUUCCAUUUUUUUUUCUUUUGAUCUUCUCUCUCUUCUCAUCCUUGAGAGAACCUUUUCUUACUAGUUGUAUACUUUGUUGUUGUUUUUUUUCAGGGUGUGAAUACCAAGUCAUUAUCUUGAGCACAGUCCGUUCUGUAGAAAGUCUUCCAUCUACCUCCCAAGUUUCAUCCAACUUCAGUCUCGAAGUCUUCUGUGACCCAAGAAUUCUUAAUACUAUUCUUACACGUGCACGUUCUCAGAUCAUUGUGGUGGGAGACAUGGUGGCCCUGUGCUCUUUUGGUGGAUGUAGCCGUAUCUGGAGGCGUUAUGUCCGGGAGAGUGUGGAAAGGGGUAGUACCUCACCAUCAACCCUUAGUAUGGAGGAAAUAAAGCAGGCAGUGUCCAACCUGCAAGCCUGGAAUCAACAGCCAGAAAACCUAGAGGAGGUGGAAGACAGUGACUCCUGGAUUUCUGACCUGGACAUUAAUUCAGAAGAUCAGAUACUGCAAGAACUGUUGGAGAGAAAAACAGAAACAGUUGUGACCGUGUCCGAAGAAGGAAUUCUGGAAGUCAGUUCAGGAGAAUGUACUGAAAAUAAAAGCGAGAAGUACACAAAUUUCUCUUCACAUGUGUUAGAGCAAUAUUUUCUCACUGAACCCAACAAGUACAAAAAAUGUCAUUUUUUUAAGGAAACAUUUGAAUCUGGCCAUGCACUCACCGUAAAUGAAUGUCCCCAGAGACUAAUAAAAAUUAAAGGCCGAAUGAACUGUGGCAUGGCAUUUUCUGGGGACCAAGUUGUUGUCCAACUAUCAGGCUCCAGCACCCACGAAGGGAAGGUGGUAGGAGUGAUGAAAGCUAAAGAAAAGGGCCAACGUUUUGUCUGUUUUAUGGAUCCACACGAUAAGUGCAUCAUGAUUCCUAUUGACAAGUCAGUCACUAAGAUCUUUUGCCAUGCGUUUAAAGAGAAGCCAGGUUACAUACCUAUCCGUAGCCUUAUAAAUGGAAAGGGCAAGACUCAUGGACUUGUAAAACUGACACAGGAGAUGAAGCAGAAUAGUCUUUUCCUGGUGCAGGUAGUCAAGUGGGAUCAAGGUUUCUACUAUCCAUUGGGUUUUGUAAAUCGCAUCCUCCCAAAAAUACAAACUGUGGAGAUGGGUCUUGAGAUCCUUGAUCUGAAUUAUCGCCUGGAGCGUACUGGUAAAUACCCCAAAUUGGCAUCCUUAGAAGCUAAGAAAUUGCCUUCGCAAAUACCCCUUACAGAAGGGCGCCAGGAUUGUCGAAAUCUUAUCACCUUCACAAUUGAUCCAACAAAUGCCAAGGAUUUAGAUGAUGCAAUCUCAGUUCAGGACCUGGAAGACUGCUAUGAGAUUGGUGUUCACAUCGCUGAUGUGGCCGCGGUUGUACUUCCAGGAAGUGAGCUAGACAAAGAGGCAAAGGCCCGAGGAGUCACCUAUUACGACCAUAAACGUGAACCCGAACACAUGCUUCCACUGAAACUAAGUGCCGAUCUGUGCAGUUUGAAGUCACAGUGUGAUCGACGGGCACUAACCCUCUUUGUCCAAGUGGAAAAGAACACUGACAGGAUGGUAAAAGGCUACUUCUGCCGGACACUUAUUCGAUCUGACCGUCAACUGACUUAUGAGGAAGCAAAUGAUAUUCUACGGAUCCAGCAGGGGCCCCCAUUGGUAUUUAACAGUGUAGAGGACUGUGUAAGGGUCGCCUAUCACUUUUCACAGGUUCAUUGCCGUUAUCGCUUGCAGGAAGCAGCUAUUUACAAGCAGCCUGAUGAAGGUCGUCGCCCUGGUGAUCGAAGUGCCCAUAGGAUGAUUGAAGAGCUUAUGAUUAUGUACAAUAAUUGGGUGGCAGAGUACCUGUGUGAACAGCAGUCGAUAAGUGACCUAGUACCUGUCAGAUGCCAGGAUCAGCCCAGUUUUGAAAAGCUUGAGAAUCUAAGAGACAAAUUAAAGCAACUUAUACCUCUAUCCACCUACCUCUCACAUCACCUACUGGAUAUUCCUGUUCAGGAACAUCCUCCCUCUGAACUGAAGGUACUUAUGCUAACUUCUGUGUGGAAAGAGCUACAAGAUGCAGCACAAAAAGAGGACUAUGUCAAAGUCAUUGAUCUCCUGUCUACAGAUGACUUGCACCCACAGCUGUGCAGUGCUGCUCGUGACUUUAGAAGAAGUCUAGGUGGUGCCCGUUUCCGAAGGUCCACUAUGCCUGGGUUUACUGGGCAUUACUCCCUGCAGCUAUGUUCUUACACCUGGGCCUCAUCUCCCAUCCGUCGCUACAUUGACAUUGUGUUGCAAAGACUCCUUCACAGCACCCUUACCAAAGUAAAACCACAGAUGUCCCCUGAAGACAUAGAGAUGCUCUGCCAUGAAUUUGACAGACAAGUGCAGCAGGAAUCAGCCUAUGAGAAAAAAACGUAUGCCCUUGAGUUGGCACUUUCAUUUUGCACUCAGGUUCAGCAGAAGACAGCAGUGGUGGUUUCAGCUGAACCCAAUCAAAAGGGGUUAAAGUUGGUUUUCCCGAUGAAUGGAGACUCUCUGUCCAGUCCAGUGGAAGUUGACUACAGCAUGCUUCAACCUGUCAUCCAACCCGAGGACGUUAACGGGGGAACGCGACUAUCCUGGCGUCGCAGAGUGUAUUCAUAUGAGUAUUUCAGAGUCUUGCCUUACAAGCAUAUCUCCCAAAGAGGCAUCAUCGAGUUCAGUAACACUGCCUGGUGUGAUGCUGUGAGUUUAAUGAGAAAGGGUUACCCAGAGCAGCUGCUUCCUAUACUAAGAAACGGAAUAGAAAUGCCAAACUCCAAGGACAUUGUGCAGCAAAGUAGUUGUGGUCACUACAUAGAACUGAGCAUUGAUCUGCACCCUGGAGAUCCCUUCCUUGUCCAGCUCUGCAGUACGCUGGACCGUGGCUUACCAACUCCAAGCCCCCAGCUAUUCUCUCCAGCCUCUACCAUCCAGUUUUGCUUGGAGCAUACUCAUAAGCCAGUAGACUGCUUUGCCAAACAGGCUCAAUCGGCACCUCGCCAGCAUUAUAAGAAUGCCGCAGAGUACCAGCAGGUGUGGUACCCCCUCUGUGAGAUGGAAGCUGUGGUUUCUGCGGUAAGCGAGGGAGGGGGUGUGCUGCUCAGGGACGUACCGGUGAAAUGGAAAAACACAAAUACCAUUAAGGAAUCUGUGGGAAUGAAGGGAGCCUUCAAAGUCUCAAAAGACCUAAUCAAGGAGUGCGACCUUGACAUGGACUUCAAUCACUGUUACCUUUGCUUGCGGAUGGAGGAGCUGCGUGCCACUGACAGCCCAGGACUGCUCGAUUCCCAUACCUACACCUGGGUGGUACAUGGACUGACAAAGGAACAAAACAAUGCCACAAAGGAGGAUGGAGGCAAAGUCGAAUUUCACAUCCAUCAAGCUACAAUGCAACAUGUCCCUCAAGAAGCGUUGGAGAGAUCAGCCCUGUUCACCGUGGAGAUUAUCCCCAAACUGCUGCCUGAUAUGUAAGAAAUGGGGGCAGGGGACACUAACACACAUUAACCCAUUCGUCACAUGAGAUGCUAUGCCUUUCAUGACAUAAUGCGAUUUGCAUUCUGAAGGGGUUAAAAAUUACACAAAAUACUGAGAUUAUCACUACAGAAGCAAUUCUUAAACACUUAACAAAGCAUUAUGUGAUUUUAAUUAAUGAUUGGAGCUGUGUUAUAAAACCAUACCUGUAAUGGAAGGAGAGAAAGAAUUGAGGGGGGCCCUCAAAAAAAAUUAUGGGGGCCAGUUGACAACGGACAGUCCUGACUCAAAUUAAGAACUGUCUCCUUGUAUGAUGAGCAGGGAUGAAAAACCUUGUCACUGCAGAUGUUGGGAUAUACAUUUCCCAGCAUCCUCAGGCAUCUUUUAGUUGUUCCCAGACAUCUACAGUGCCGUUGUUAAACACUCCUUGCAUCAUAGACACUGCGGCACGCUGUAGUGGUUAUGGUGCCAGCAGUGGCCAGUUGACACUUAAUUGUAAGUAUGGUCUUAGAACACAAGGGUGGUUUCUAGCAGAUGUAUUGGAACGGAAACAUACAAUGUUUCAGCUGGAAAAGGAACAUAAAAAAGGCUCCUAGUGGAGCCGAAUUGUUGUAUUUGUCGUUUCCAGUACAUCUGCCAGAAACCACCCUUACGUACCCAGAACAUUUCUUUCUUAAUUCUACAACACUGUAAAUAGUCAAACUAUAUUAGAACAUUGGAUCGGCCAGGUGCUGCUUCCCACCUCCACUCCUGAGCCAAGCUCUGCAGUACAAUGGCUAACUCUUUAACUGAUCACUCUCAGCCAAUGAACAGUCCUGCACCGUCAGGCUUAGAUCAGUUUAAGAGAUCAGUUAAAGAGCUAUGUGCUGCGUCUGAAGUAGUGAAAGUGGGGAGUGGUGUCUGGAGGGGUGCUGCCAGGGCAUUCCUGACUGCAUAACCACUACAUUGAGCUUCCAUACAUGACAACUAUCCAAAAUCCAUCUGGGCAGUCCUGAUUUUGUCUCUUGUGCUUUCCUGGGAUUCAUUCUCCGUUGUCCAGCUUCUGGGCACACCAGGGAAAGUCUCCAUAACGUGCAGCAUCUGCACUCGGAUAGCUUUACCAAAUAAGCUGAGAGCAUUAUCAGUGAUAUGAGUUACUGUCACCCCCUUCCAUCAAGGCUUCCAAAAAAAGUCAUUCUGUACAAGAAAAGUGCUGUCCCACAGUAUGUAUAAUUUAAAUGUUGCAGGGAAAUUUAAAUAAAUUUAAAGAGUUUAAAAACUAUAACUUUAUUUAGUAGAGGGAUUGUCAAACACUCACUCACCCUCUUUUUCUCUGCAGACGAAAAAAGACAGCCAUACGUCUGCUGAAUUCUGCAUCUGAGCUUGCCAAGAAUAUUGCACUGGGACAAAGGGUCCCUGACAAAAGUGAGUGACAGAGCUGUGAGCACGAAAGUGCAGUGCGUGUGCUUCUAGGAUCACUGCAGAAUGUGUUGUGAAAGUCUAUUGUAUUUGAGGUUGUAACCGCGGCUGGUUCCCUUAUUUACCAUUAUAACGUCUUAAAGCAUAGAACUUAGUAAGGCUAACCAUACAGAUAUCUUAGCCAUAAUUUCAUAUAGUUAGUGUAAGAGAUCCUCUAUUUAACAUACCGUAUAUACUGGAGUAUAAGCCGAGUUUUUCAGCACACUUUUUGUGCUGAAAAACCCCAACUCGGCUUAUACUCGAGUCAGUCUGUAUUAUGGCAAUUUACAUUGCCAUAAUACAGACUGGGGGCUGGCAGAGCUGUUACUUACCUCUCCUGCAGCUCCUGUCAGCUCUCUCCUACUCCGCGCCGGUCCGUGCAGCACCUCGGUCAGCUCCCAGUGUAAGUCUCGCGAGAGCCGCGGGGUCAUAGUGCGGCUCUCCGAGAUUUACACUGGGAGCUGACAGAAGAGCUGCACGGACCGGCGCGGAGGAGGAGAGAGCUGACAGGAGCUGCAGGAUAGGUAAGUAACAGCUCUGCCAGCCCCCUCCUCCCCCCACUGAACUGCCAAUGCCACUGGACCACCAGGGAAGGAGAGCCCCCCUCCCUGCCAUGUAUCAAGCAGGGAGGGGGACAAAAAAUACAUAAAUUAAUAAUAAAUAAUAAAAAAUAAUAAUAAUAAAAUUAUUAAAAAAAUAAUAAUAUAACAAAAAAAAAUGUAAAUAAUAAUAUAUUUUUUUUAUAAAAAUGCCCACCCCCCACCAAGGCUCUGCAACACAAACACACACUGCAUCACACACACACUGCAUCACACACACUGCACUCAUACACACACACUGCAUCACACACACUGCAUUCAUACACACACACUGCAUCACACACACACACUGCAUUCAUACACACACACUGCACCACACACACUGCACUCAUACACACAUACACUGCAUUCAUACACACAUACACUGCACUCAUACACACACACUGCACUCAUACACACACACUGCACUCAUACACACAUACACUGCAUUCAUACACACACACUGCAUUCAUACACACACACACUGCAUUCAUACACACACACUGCAUUCAUACACACACUGCAUUCAUACACACAUACACUGCAUUCAUACACACAUACACUGCACUCAUACACACACACUGCAUUCAUACACACACACUGCAUUCAUACACACACACACUGCGCACUCAUAUACACACUGCAUUUAUACACACACUGCGCACUCAUACACACACACUGCAUUCAUCAUAUACACACACUGUAAAUAAAUAUUCAAUUAAUAUAAUUUUUUAAGGAUCUAAUUUUAUUUAGAAAUUUACCAGUAGCUGCUGCAUUUCCCACCCUAGUCUUAUACUCGAGUCAAUACGUUUUCCCAGUUUUUUGGGGUAAAAUUAGGGGCCACGGCUUAUAUUCGGGUCGGCUUAUACUCGAGUAUAUACGGUAUAUAAAUAAUUGAGAAUACAAUAUAAAAUAAGGAUUGUCUUGGAAGCAAUAAAGUUUUGUCUUUUAAAUAUUUAUUAUAUAAAAAUAUAAAUAUAGACAUAUAAAAUCCAUUACAAUAAUUUAUAGCAGAGUUGAUAAGAUUAAACUAAAUGCUUGCAAAUAUCAUUAAUAGGUUAACAUACCCUUCUGAACAUGUUAUCAUGUCAGCCUCUCUGUCAUUUUAAGAUGGAGCAGCGUCUGUCUCCAAGUCUCUCCUCUGUUUCUUAACAUUUAAAAGUACACCUAUUUAUACCUUAGGUGUCUCCAUUUUAGGGUUACCGUAGUUCAUAUAUGAAAAAGUAACACUUCUUUUACUUUAUUUAUUUAUGGCAUCUUAAAGUCUGAACGUCCUUAUCUACUAAGGUUACCACAGUAUAUUACGUACUGAAAGAGUCGUAGCAUAGCCUUGAAGCUUGUUUAUGCAUUAUUGUUAUUGUAAUUCGUCUGGGACAAAAUGGCGUAAACAUAAUAUCCACUGAGGUUAUUGCUUAAAGAAACAUUUAUGAAAAACCAUUUUUAACACCUUGUCAGUUUGCAAUAUCUCUUAAAGACAAAGUACACAGUUUAAGAAAUACAACAUUUCAUUCUAAAACUUGUAAUAUUUGCAUUUGCCCAUAACAAGGUCAGUGCAGGGAGAAUAGUGACUGAGUUGUGUCUAAAUGAUCAGAGCAGGGAAUAUAGCGACUGAGCUGUGUUCGAGGUCAGUGCAGGGAGUAUAGAGACUGAGCUGUGUUCGAGGUCAGUGCAGGGAGUAUACAGACUGAGCUGUGUUCGAGGUCAGUGCAGGGAGUAUAGAGACUGAGCUGUGUUUGAGAUCAGUGCAGGGAGUAUAGAGACUAAGCUGUGUUCGAGAUCAGUGCAGGGAGUAUACUGACUGAGCUGUGUUCGAGGUCAGUGCAGGGAGUAUAGUGACUGAGCUGUGUUCGAGGUCAGUGCAGGGAGUAUAGUGACUGAGCUGUGUUCGAGAUCAGUGCAGGGAGUAUAGAGACUGAGCUGUGUUUGAGGUCAGUGCAGGGAGUAUAGUGACUGAGCUGUGUUCAAAGUCAGAGCAGGGAAUAUAGCGACUGAGCUAUGUUCGAGAUCAGUGCAGGGAGUAUAGAGACUGAGCUGUGUUUGAGGUCAGUGCAGGGAGUAUAGAGACUGAGCUGUGUUUGAGGUCAGUGCAGGGAAUAUAGCGACUGAGCUGUGUUCAAGGUCAGUACAGGGAGUAUAGUGACUGAGCUGUGUUCAAGGUCAGUGCAGGGAGUAUAGAGACUGAGCUGUGUUCGAGGUCAGUGCAGGGAGUAUAGAGACUCAGCUGUGUUCAAGGUCAGUGCAGGGAAUACAGCGACUGAGCUGUGUUCGAGGUCAGUUCAGGGAGUAUAGUGACUGAGCUGUGUUCGAGGUCAGUGCAGGGAGUAUAGUGACUGAGCUGUGUGUCCAUGGUUUGUGCAGGGUUUAUAGUGAUAAAACGUGGCUGAGAUCAAUGUAGAGGGAUAUAAAGAUAAAUUGACAGUUGAGGUCAGUGGAGAUGGUGAGCAGAGGGUGCUGUGCCUAUCUGUAAGUCUUGGAUGAAUGCAGAGGAUAAUUGGUAAUUAUAAAUAUGAUGUAAUUAUAGAGGGCUCUUUCUGUAUAUCAUGCUUAUUAUAAUGUGAGAUGCAUUGAUUUUGCUGUGGGAUGUGGAAUGUAUCAGUCAGUGGAAACAGCAUCGACAGUGUCCGCUAAACAGAAUGUUUUCAUUUGGAUUUUUAUAGAACAUGUAAUCAAUGCCUUGUGCAAACAGUAACUCCCACUGUUUCCUUACAGAUAUUAACGUGAAGUUCAAAUCCCAGAUAUCUUUUGAUAUUUCCGAGAACCCUCGUAAACUGAAUACAAGCCAGACCAAGGCCGUGAAGGCUGCACUCACUCAACCGUUCACGCUCAUCCAAGGACCACCAGGUGAGUCCCGCAAAGAGAGCACGUUGCCGUCACAUUACAAUCAGUAUUUCUCUGCAUCUUCCUGUUUCUUUGACCACUGAUCUUAUUAAAUAACCAGUGAUAUAAUAACUACAUUAUAACAAUAUGGCAAAUUUGCACAUAAAAAAAACAGUGAAUUUCUAAUUGACUUAGAGAAUGUUUGCAGUUCAGCUAUUUUCACCUUGAAUUUUGAAAUUAAUUCGGUAUUCUUGCUAUACUGAAUAACGCUGCUCGUUUCAGUGUUCAUAGAUAGUUAUUUCAUGGAAACCAAAACAAAUAAUCUUGUUGGAAUGGAAAAUGAAAAAAAUAAAAACAAUUCUUGAAAAACUGAAUAAUGAAGUCAAAGAUAAAAAAAGUUAAAGGAACACUACAGGGUCAAGAACACAAACAUAUAUUUCUGUCCCUAUAGUGUUAAAACCACCAUCUGGUCCCACUGGUCCCCUCCUGCCUCCCUAAAUAUAGUAAAAUCGUACCUGUAUUCAAGCUUGAAGCUGCUGGCUCUGCCCCUGUCUACCUCAGAACAGCAAGCUGCCUGAUGACAUCAUCAGAAGUGUUGUUCUGGGCCAAUCACAUUGUUUUCCCUGUAGGAUUGGCUGAGACUGUCAAGGAGGAAGAUCAGGGGCAGAGCGAGCACAAAUCAAAUACAGCCCUGGCCAAUCCGCAUCUCUUUAUAGAGAUUAAUUGAGUCAAUGAAUCUCUAUGAGGAAAGUUCAGUGUCUGCAUGCAGAGGGUGGAGACACUGAAUGUCAGUCACACUAUGCAGCACUGCCCCAGAAAGCACCUCUAGCAACUAGGUUGUAAUGUAAACACUGCAUUUUCUCUGAAAAAACAGUGUUUACAGCAAAAAGCCUGAAGGGAAUGAUUCUACUCACCAGAACAAAUUCAAUAAGCUGUAGUUGUUCUGGUGACUAUAGUGUCCCUUUAAUUAAUACCUUUUUUUAAAUUACAAAAAAGUAAUUUCUCAACUUUAUUUCGGGGUGGAGCGCACGCCCCCGGCAGUGAAGAGGGAGAGCCAACCGACUCCCGGUCCCAUCAGCCCCAGCCACCCUCCUGCAAAGACAAGGUAAGAAACAGGAGGGUGGCUGGAAAAUGAGCUGUGUGUGUGUAUGUCUGUCUGUAUGUAUGUCUAUGUCUGUGUGUAUGUAUGUUGUUAUGUAUGUAUGGAUGUCAGUGUAUUUAUGUCUGUAUGCAUAUCAUUAUGUGUGUAUGAAUGUCAGUGUAUGUAUGUCUGCAUGUCAUUAUGAAUGUGUGUAUGUCUGUCUGUCUGUCUGUCUGGAUGAAUGUAUGUAUGUAUGUCUGUAAGCAUGUCAUUAUGCAUGUGUGUCUGUAUGUAUGUUAGUAUGUGUCUGUCACUAUGUAUGACUGUGUGUCUGUAUAUGUGUGUAUGUCUCAGUAUGUGUGUGUCAGUAUGUAUGCCUAUAUGCGUAUCAGUAUGUGUCUGUAUGUAUGUUAGUAUGUGUCUGUCACUAUGUACGCCUGUGUGUCUGUAUAUGUGUGUAUGCCUCAGUAUGUGUGUGUCAGCAUGUAUGUCUAUAUGCGUAUCAGUAUGUGUGUCUGUUAGUAUGUAUCAGUGUGUGUGUGUGUGUAUCUGUGUCCUUUUGUAUCAGUGGAUGUGUUUGUGUCUGUGUGUGUAUUCCUGUGGGCGGGAUUUGGAGGCGGUCUCUGUGGGCGGUUUUGGAGGUGGGCCCCCAGGGGCCCAGACACUGAGCUCAGUUAGGGGCCCCAAAAGUUCUGGUGGCGGCCCUGUGUGUGACUGCCUAUACCUGCUCUAUUUAUUGCUAUGAAAGGCUGCCCUCUAGUGGUUUAGUGAAGGGUUAUUGAUGUGUUUGAUGUUGUGUGACUGCCUAUACCUGCUCUAUUUAUUGCUAUGAAAUGCUGCCCUCUAGUGGCUCAGUGAAGGUUUAUUGAUGCUGUGUGACUGCCUAUACCUGCUCUAUUUAUUGCUAUGAAAGGCUGCCCUCUAGUGGCUCAGUGAAGGUUUAUUGAUGCUGUGUGACUGCCUAUACCUGCUCUAUUUAUUGCAAUGAAAGGCUGCCCUCUAGUGGUUCAGUGAAGGUUUAUUGAUGCUGUGUGACUGCCUAUACCUGCUCUAUUAAUUGCUAUGAAAGGCUGCCCUCUAGUGGUUCAGUGAAGGUUUAUUGAUGCUGUGUGACUGCCUAUACCUGCUCUAUUUAUUGCUGUGAAAGGCUGCCCUCUAGUGGUUCAGUGAAGGUUUAUUGAUGCUGUGUGACUGCCUAUAUCUGCUCUAUUUAUUGCUAUGAAAGGCUGCCCUCUAGUGGCUCUGUGAGCUUCUCAGAGUUGUGUGCUUUAAUUUGGACACAUGCUAGGUUAUUCACUAAGGGCUCAUUCCUAAUGACAUCACUGAGUUACUAAAACGUUAAAAUGGCUCUUGCUAACAUUAGUGUUCAACGUUCUUAACAAGUAAGUCCCAGAUGACAAGGCCCGCUAAAUAACAAUAGAACAUGAAGGGUAUCGUAGGUUGUUGGGCUUCAAAAUAGAAGGCAUAGAGCCCUGGGAAACAGUAUUUUUUGGGGGGCGGAAGCAAAUAUCUACCAACGGUUAAUAUUUAAUAUUGUGGAAAACUGACCAUCGCAUGUCGGAUUUUAGAUGGGAAAAGGCUGAAUUGGAGAUUAUUUUCCAAAUAUUUGCAAUUCUUUUGUUAAUACCUGGCAAUUUUGAGUGUGUAUUGAUUUUUGUGCUGCUUGUUUUCUUUUUCUGUCGUUGUAAGUGGUGUAAGAAUGUUGUCUUUGCUAAGCUUUAUGUGCAAGUUUGGAAUCAAUCCGUUGUUUUGAGUAGAAGCUCACUAUGUGAGUGUUUUCUCUCUCUCUCUCAGGAACGGGAAAAACCAUUGUCGGAGUUCAUUUGGUUUAUUGGUUCCAUCAUAUAAAUGAGGAGCUGAAUUCUCAGGUGCAGGCGGAGGCGGAGGCGGACGAGGAGGAGGAGAAGAACGAAGAGGAAGGGCAGAAGCAUGAGAAAAAGUCUAGCAGACGUGUCCUGAUGUAUUGUGGCCCAUCUAACAAAUCUGUGGAUGUGGUGGCUGGUGAGGAGUGGAUACAUACAGUGUAUACGGGGUUAUUGAUGAACUAUUGGGGUAUAUUGUCCAUUACGCAUGGUGGGGAUCUCCAAGUAAAUAUAUCCAAAUGGAUGUUACAUUGUCCAAGUGUCAGCAUUUUGCUUACAUGAUUUGAAUUUAUACAUUUAAAGGAUGUAUUGGCAUUUUAAGUAAUAUAGAUAUGUCCAUCCCUCCAGAGAUGCUGCUUCCACUUAGAAGUAAACUCCGCCCACUGCGCGUGUACAGUGAACAAAUGGAACUGAUGGAGUUUCCAUAUCCUGGGAGCAGUCUCAGAAUGUCUGGAUACCCCAGGGAGGGCAAACCCAAUCCAGUGCUUAGGUGAGACCCUCUGCAGGAUGAAAAAAAGUAUAGGGUAGCUGGUGCUGGGUGUUACAGGAUGAUAGAGGUUACUGUGUGGGAUAGCUGGUGCUGGGUGUUACAGGAUGAUAGCGGUUACUGUAUGGGAUAGCUGGUGCUGGGUGUGUUACAGGAUGAUAGCGGUUACUGUGUGGGAUAGCUGAUGCUGGGUGUUACAGGAUGAUAGCGGUUACUGUGUGGGAUAGCUGGUGCUGGGUGUUACAGGAUGAUAGCGGUUACUGUGUGGGAUAGCUGGUGCUGGGUGUUUUAUUAUUAUAGAGGUUACAGUGUGGGAUAGCUGGUGCUGGGUGUUACAGGACGAUUGAGGUUACUGUGUGGGGUAGCUGGUGCUGGGUGUUACAGGACGAUUGAGGUUACUGUGUGGGAUAGCUGGUGCUGGGUGUGUUACAGGAUGAUAGCGGUUACUGUGUGGGAUAGCUGGUGCUGGGUGUUUUAUUAUUAUAGAGGUUACAGUGUGGGAUAGCUGGUGCUGGGUGUUACAGGACGAUUGAGGUUACUGUGUGGGGUAGCUGGUGCUGGGUGUUACAGGACGAUUGAGGUUACUGUGUGGGGUAGCUGGUGCUGGGUGUUACAGGACGAUUGAGGUUACUGUGUGGGAUAGCUGGUGCUGGGUGUGUUACAGGAUGAUAGCGGUUACUGUGUGGGAUAGCUGAUGCUGGGUGUUACAGGAUGAUAGCGGUUACUGUGUGGGAUAGCUGAUGCUGGGUGUUACAGGAUGAUAGCGGUUACUGUGUGGGAUAGCUGGUGCUGGGUGUUACAGGAUGAUAGCGGUUACUGUGUGGGAUAGCUGGUGCUGGGUGUUACAGGAUGAUAGAGGUUACUGUGUGGGAUAGCUGGUGCUGGGUGUGUUAGAGGAUGAUAGAGGUUACUGUGUGGGAUAGCUAGUGCUGGGUGUUACAGGAUGAUAGCGGUUACUGUGUGGGAUAGCUAGUGCUGGGUGUUACAGGAUGAUAGAGGUUACUGUGUGGGAUAGCUGGUGCUGGGUGUGUUAGAGGGUGAUAGAGGUUACUGUAUGGGAUAGCUGGUGCUGGGUGUGUUAGAGGAUGAUAGCGGUUACUGUGCGGGAUAGCUGAUGCUGGGUGUGUUACAGGAUGAUAGAGGUUACUGUGUGUGAUAGCUGGGGUGCUGGUUGUUACAGGACGAUUGAGGUUACUGUGUGGGAUAGCUGGUGCUGGGUGUUACAGGAUGAUAGCAGUUACUGUGUGGGAUAGCUGGUGCUGGGUGUUACAGGACGAUAGAGGUUACUGUGUGUGAUAGCUGGUGCUGGGUGUGUUAGACGGUGAUAGAGGUUACUGUGUGUGAUAGCUAAUGCUGGGUGUGUUACAGGAUGAUACAGGUUACUGUGUGGGAUAGCUGGUGCUGGGUGUUACAGGAUGAUAGCGGUUACUGUGUGGGAUAGCUGGUGCUGGGUGUGUUACAGGAUGAUAGCGGUUACUGUGUGGGAUAGCUGGUGCUGGGUGUUACAGGAUGAUAGCGGUUACUGUGUGGGAUAGCUGGCGCUGGGUGUUACAGGAUGAUAGAGGUUACUGUGUGUGAUAGCUGGUGCUGGUUGUUACAAGAUGAUAGCGGUUACUGUGUGCAAUAGCUAAUGCUGGUUGUUACAGUAUGAUAGAGGUUACUGUGUGGGAUAGCUGGUGCUGGGUGUGUUACAGGAUGAUAGCGGUUACUGUGUGGGAUAGCUGGUGCUGGGUGUGUUAUAGAGGAUGAUAGCGGUUACUGUGUGGGAUAGCUGAUGCUGGGUGUUACAGGAUGAUACUGGUGCUGGGUGUGUUAGUACAGGAUGAUAGAGGUUACUGUGUGGGAUAGCUGGUGCUGGGUGUGUUAGAGGAUGAUAGCGGUUACUGUGUGGGAUAGCUGAUGCUGGGUGUUACAGGAGGAUGAUAGCGGUUACUGUGUGGGAUAGCUGUGUGGGAUGCUGAUGCUGGGUGUUACAGGAUGAUAGAGGUUACUGUGUGGGGUAGCUGGUGCUGGGUGUUACAGGAUGAUAGAGGUUACUGUGUGGGAUAGCUGGUGCUGGGUGUGUUAGAGGAUGAUAGCGGUUACUGUGUGGGAUAGCUGAUGCUGGGUGUUAGAGGAUGAUAGAGGUUACUGUGUGGGAUAGCUGGUGCUGGUUGUUACAGUAUGAUAGCGGUUACUGUGUGGGAUAGCUGGUGCUGGGUGUGUUAGAGGAUGAUAGAGGUUACUGUGUGGGAUAGCUGAUGCUGGGUGUUACAGGAUGAUAGCGGUUACUGUGUGGGAUAGCUGGUGCUGGGUGUGUUAGAGGAUGAUAGAGGUUACUGUGUGGGAUAGCUGAUGCUGGGUGUUACAGGAUGAUAGAGGUUACUGUGUGGGGUAGCUGGUGCUGGGUGUUACAGGAUGAUAGAGGUUACUGUGUGGGAUAGCUGGUGCUGGGUGUGUUAGAGGAUGAUAGCGGUUACUGUGUGGGAUAGCUGAUGCUGGGUGUUACAGGAUGAUAGAGGUUACUGUGUGGGAUAGCUGGUGCUGGGUGUGUUACAGGAUGAUAGCGGUUACUGUGUGGGAUAGCUGGUGCUGGUUGUUACAGUAUGAUAGAGGUUACUGUGUGGGAUAGCUGGUGCUGGGUGUGUUAGAGGAUGAUAGAGGUUACUGUGUGUGAUAGCUAAUGCUGGGUGUGUUACAGGACGAUAGAGGUUACUGUGUGUGAUAGCUGGUGCUGGGUGUUACAGGACGAUAGAGGUUACUGUGUGGGGUAGCUGGUGCUGGGUGUUACAGGAUGAUAGCGGUUACUGUAUGGGAUAGCUGGUGCUGGGUGUGUUACAGGAUGAUAGCGGUUACUGUGUGGGAUAGCUGGUGCUGGGUGUUACAGGAUGAUAGCGGUUACUGUGUGGGAUAGCUGGUGCUGGGUGUGUUAGAGGAUGAUAGAGGUUACUGUGUGGGAUAGCUGAUGCUGGGUGUUACAGGAUGAUAGCGGUUACUGUGUGGGAUAGCUGGUGCUGGGUGUGUUAGAGGAUGAUAGAGGUUACUGUGUGGGAUAGCUGAUGCUGGGUGUUACAGGAUGAUAGAGGUUACUGUGUGGGGUAGCUGGUGCUGGGUGUUACAGGAUGAUAGAGGUUACUGUGUGGGAUAGCUGGUGCUGGGUGUGUUAGAGGAUGAUAGCGGUUACUGUGUGGGAUAGCUGAUGCUGGGUGUUACAGGAUGAUAGAGGUUACUGUGUGGGAUAGCUGGUGCUGGGUGUUACAGGAUGAUAGAGGGUUACUGUGUGGGAUAGCUGGUGCUGGGUGUGUUAGAGGAUGAUAGCGGUUACUGUGCGGGAUAGCUGAUGCUGGGUGUGUUACAGGAUGAUAGAGGUUACUGUGUGUGAUAGCUGGGGUGGUGGUUGUUACAGGACGAUUGAGGUUACUGUGUGGGAUAGCUGGUGCUGGGUGUUACAGGAUGAUAGCGGUUACUGUGUGGGAUAGCUGGUGCUGGGUGUUACAGGAUGAUAGAGGUUACUGUGUGGGAUAGCUGGUGCUGGGUGUGUUAGAGGAUGAUAGAGGUUACUGUGUGGGAUAGCUGGUGCUGGGUGUGUUACAGGAUGAUAGAGGUUACUGUGUGUGAUAGCUAAUGCUGGGUGUGUUACAGGACGAUAGAGGUUACUGUGUGUGAUAGCUGGUGCUGGGUGUUACAGGACGAUAGAGGUUACUGUGUGGGACAGCUGGUGCUGGGUGUUACAGGACGAUAGAGGUUAGUGUGUGGGACAGCUGGUGCUGGGUUUGUUACAGGUUGAUCAAUGUAUUCAAUCUCUUACAGACCCCUCACUCUGCACCACCUGAUUCGACAGCGCAGUAACACAUAUCACGGUAGUAUCCUAGCAAUGGACAUACGGAUCCAGAGAGGGGACGAGAUUUCACAGGAGGAGAUCGAAGCGUGAGUAGGACCAGCAGUCUGUCACUUUUGCUACACGUACAUGAAUGUUUGUCACAUGUACAGUGUAUAUACACUCGUUUCUAUUUUAUAUAUAAAAAAACUUUUUGUCUGUCACGUGUUCAAUUUAGACAUAUCUGUCUCUUACAUGUACAAUAUAAAUAAAUGUACACCCACCUCUGUGGCAUGCACAACUUACACAUAUAUCAUUUUCUCAAUAUACACAGACACAUCUACUGCUUGUAUAGUCCCAUGUAACCCUCAUUCAGUUACCUGUUAAUCUCUUUUUACGACUCAGGUAUAAGGAAACUCUUUAUAAAGCCAGGUCAGAGGAGCUUGCUCGCCAUGAUGUCAUUCUUUGUACCUGUGUAGCGGCCUCCGGUGCGUCACUGACUCGCUUGCGUGUGGCACAGCUUGUGGUUGAUGAGUGUGCAAUGUGCACAGAACCCGAGGUUCUUGUUCCACUUGUAAACCACAAACACGUGGACUCGGUGAGUCAAGACAUAUCCACACAUUGUAUAUCGAUACAGUAUAUCCACACAUUGUAUAUCGAUACAGUAUAUCCACACAAUGUAUAUUGAUAGAGUAUGUCCACAUGGUGUAUAUCGUUACAGUAUAUCCACACUGUGUAUAUUGAUAGAGUAUGUCCACACGGUGUAUAUCGUUACAGUAUAUCCACACAGUUUAUAUCGUUACAGUAUAUCCACAAAGUGUAUAUCGAUACAGUAUAUCCACACAUUGUAUAUCGAUACAGUAUAUGCACACAGUGUAUAUCGUUACAGUAUAUCCACACAUUGUAUAUUGAUACAGUAUAUCCACACAUUGUAUAUCGAUACAGUAUAUCCACACAAUGUAUAUUGAUAGAGUAUGUCCACACGGUGUAUAUCGUUACAGUAUAUCCACACAGUGUAUAUCGUUACAGUAUAUCCACACUGUGUAUAUCGAUACAGUAUAUCCACACAUUGUAUAUCGAUACAGUAUAUGCACACAGUGUAUAUUGUUACAGUAUAUCCACACAUUGUAUAUCGAUACAGUAUAUCCACACAGUGUAUAUCGAUACAGUAUAUCCACACAUUGUAUAUCGAUACAGUAUAUGCACACAGUGUAUAUCGAUACAGUAUAUCCACACAUUGUAUAUCGAUACAGUAUAUGCACACAGUGUAUAUUGUUACAGUAUAUCCACACAUUGUAUAUCGAUACAGUAUAUCCACACAGUGUAUAUCAAUUCAGUAUAUCCACACAUUGUAUAUCGAUACAGUAUAUCCACACAGUGUAUAUCGAUACAGUAUAUCCACACAGUGUAUAUCGAUACAGUAUAUCCACACAAUGUAUAUCGAUACAGUAUAUGCACACGGUGGAUAUCGAUACAGUAUAUCCACACAUUGUAUAUCGAUACAGUAUAUGCACACGGUGUAUAUAUAUCCACACUGUGUAUAUCAAUACAGUAUAUCCACACAUUGUAUAUCGAUACAGUAUAUCCACAAAGUGUAUAUCGAUACAGUAUAUCCACACAUUGUAUAUCGUUACAGUAUAUCCACACAGUGUAUAUCGUUACAGUAUAUCCACACUGUGUAUAUCGAUACAGUAUAUCCACACAUUGUAUAUCGAUACAGUAUAUGCACACGGUGUAUAUAUAUCCACACUGUGUAUAUCGAUACAGUAUAUCCACACAUUGUAUAUCGAUACAGUAUAUCCACAAAGUGUAUAUCGAUACAGUAUAUCCACACAAUGUAUAUCGAUACAGUAUAUCCACACUGUGUAUAUCGAUACAGUAUAUCCACACAUUGUAUAUCGAUACAGUAUAUGCACACGGUGUAUAUCGAUACAGUAUAUCCACACAUUGUAUAUCGAUACAGUAUAUCCACACAGUGUAUAUCGAUACAGUAUAUCCACACAAUGUAUAUCGAUACAGUAUAUCCACACUGUGUAUAUCGAUACAGUAUAUCCACACAUUGUAUAUCGAUACAGUAUAUCCACACAAUGUAUAUCGAUACAGUAUAUGCACACAAUGUAUAUCGAUACAGUAUAUCCACACAAUGUAUAUCGAUACAGUAUAUGCACACGGUGUAUAUAGAUACAGUAUAUCCACACAUUGUAUAUCGAUACAGUAUAUCCACAAAGUGUAUAUCGAUACAGUAUAUGCACACGGUGUAUAUCGAUUCAGUAUAUCCACACAUUGUAUAUCGAUACAGUAUAUGCACACGGUGUAUAUCGAUACAGUAUAUCCACACAUUGUAUAUCGAUACAGUAUAUCCACAUAGUGUAUAUCGAUACAGUAUAUCCACACAAUGUAUAUCGAUACAGUAUAUCCACACUGUGUAUAUCGAUACAGUAUAUCCACACAUUGUAUAUCGAUACAGUAUAUGCACACGGUGUAUAUCGAUACAGUAUAUCCACACAUUGUAUAUCGAUACAGUAUAUCCACAAAGUGUAUAUCGAUACAGUAUAUCCACACAAUGUAUAUCGAUACAGUAUAUCCACACUGUGUAUAUCGAUACAGUAUAUCCACACAUUGUAUAUCGAUACAGUAUAUCCACACAAUGUAUAUCGAUACAGUAUAUGCACACAAUGUAUAUCGAUACAGUAUAUGCACACGGUGUAUAUAGAUACAGUAUAUCCACACAUUGUAUAUCGAUACAGUAUAUCCACAAAGUGUAUAUCGAUACAGUAUAUCCACACAAUGUAUAUCGAUACAGUAUAUGCACACGGUGUAUAUCGAUACAGUAUAUCCACACAUUGUAUAUUAAUAGGAGAAAUGUUCUCAGUGACCCCAGUUACGAAUCCGACAGGAAACAAAAAGUACUCUAUUCAGUUUAUUCCAAAGAGAUAAAAAAUCCAUCCAUGGUCAGAUGCGUGUUUCAGCAAUGGCUGUGUCAAUAUACCUACAGACAUCAGAAGUCGAAUGUCAUUCAGUAUGUCUUUAUUUACUAAAAAAGCUGUUUGCAAAAACAAAAGAGUAAAAUGCACACACUAACAAAAAGGGGGAAUACUUCCCGCAGGGUGCUCCAAAAAGGGAGGGACAAUCCCUGAAGACCUCAAAUGGAAGAAAAAAAAAUAUCCAGGCACACCCGAGGUUUCUUCUAAAUGGCCACCUUUGUUUUAAACAAGGAAGUGAAGACAACGUUUCGGCUCCUCUCUGAGACCUGGUAAAGGCCGAAACGUUGUCUCCACUUCCUUGUUUCAAAUAAAGACUGCCUUUUAGUAGAAACCUCACGUGUGCCUGGAUAUUUCUUUUUUCGCAUUUAUUUACUAAAAAGGCAGCUUAAAGGGGCAUGACACACCACUAAAGUACAUCAGCAUAAUUAGGAGGUGUCGUCCCCCCCUUGUUUGAAUGACAGUGGAAAUAGAAUAGAGGGCUUCCAUAUGGAUGUAUUACUAUAAUGCUUCCCUUUACAAAGCAUUGUAUUUGAUUGGUGCAUUUGUGGCAAUUGCCGCACAUGUGUUAUUUUGAGCCUGAGACGAAGGAACCUUGGCGGAGCCCAGGGGUAGAGCAGAGCAUUUCCAAAAAGACUUGAUACAGGAGAAAAAGGUAAGCAAGCUUUAUAUUUAUGUUUGGCGUGUGCCUAGGAAGUAUGCAGUAAAAGAUCACCCCAAAUGUUGAAAUUGAGGAUCAUUUUAUUUUUAAUAGAGUGUUCCUUUAAUUUGUCAGUGAAUUCCCCUCCUUAAACGUCCUUACCAAAUAAUAAACUUUCUCUAUGUUAAACAUAAAAUCUUUUCUCUCUCACUAAUGGACACUCCCGUCACCUGCAAAGUUCUAUAGGUUGCUGUGGCACAUAGGAACUGUAGUAAAUAAGAACAACUCUCUGCGCAGGUUGUUUUGCUUGGUGAUCAUCGCCAGCUGCGGCCAGUGAUUUUGAACGAUGUGUGCCGUCAACUUAAUAUGGAACGCUCCAUGUUCGAGAGAUACCAAAACAGGGCAUUGAUGCUGGACACGCAGUACCGAAUGGUGAGAAUCUACAAGAAGGAAUGGGAGGGGUGUUUUCAUUCAUUAGCAAUUUAAGUUUUUAUGAUUAAGCCCUGUAUUUUUUUAUUGUUCUUAGUGUGAAAAUCAUAUUCUGUUGUUGUUUGUGAAAUCUCCUUUUUUCAAGUUUCAGUGGAGACUUUUUGUUUUGUUUUUAUCAGUAAGUCUUGGUACUUACUAGUUAUUUUCAGGAAACAUUUUUGUCAUAUAACUUUUGUCCUCUUAAUUCUCACAGCACAGCGCUAUCUGUGAGUUCCCAUCCCAGGAAUUUUAUGAUAACCUUCUGCGGACCAGUGACCAAAUACGCCUGCGCCCGAGCCUUUUCUGCCACACCGAGCAAAGGAUUUGUCCAGUGGUGUUCGGAGAGGUGGAUGGGAAAGAGCAGAGCCUUAAUGUGACCACUGAGGCGGGAAACAUUAACUCCAAGGCAAACGAAGUGGAGGCUGAUCAAGCAGUAAGUCUGUAUUAACCCUAGAUAUUUUCCCUCAUAUAUAUAUAUGCUGAGCCCAUAGAUAAAUACAUCCGUGUCAUCUUAAAUUUACCUUACACUCAUACAUACCACAAUUUAGCAUCCCAUGCGCAUGCUCUAAUAGGGGGUAGGCAUCCUUCGACACUCCAUUUAUUGUGGACUAUAUUUCCCAUAACGCUCUUACAGCCAUAAGGCUGGCAAAGCCUCAGGGGAGAUGUAGUCCACAAGAUCUGAAGUGCCAAUGAUUGUCUACCCCCUGCUCUAAUACUUCCCACAGCUAACCUGCUCAGUCAGUUACUGGUAAUAACAUAUUGUUCCUGCUGCCCUAGGUACGUCUGGCACGUCGUUUGACCCAGGCUUCAGUGAAGCAGGAAGAUAUUGCCAUUCUGACGCCAUAUAAUGCACAGGUGACACUGAUAAGCAAAAAGUUGAAGGAGCACCGUUUAAAUGAUGUGACAGUCUGCACCAUAAUGAAGAGUCAAGGUAACUAACAAGGGGAGGCGGUGGUUUUUGUUUUUUUAUAUUCAAACACAAGCGCUAUAUACACAACUUCCCUGCAGCAAUAUUACUCAUUAUCCUGUCUAUAUAACUAUCCCUGUCUCCAGGCAGUGAAUGGAGAUACGUCAUAUUCUCUACAGUACGUUCGAUGCCCGUGAAUGAACUGGACGUUCGGCCAACAAUUGCUUGGAAACGUCAACAUCUUGGGUUCCUGGGAGACCCAAACCAAAUUAAUGUGGCACUUACACGCUCCAAAGAAGGGUUGUGUGUAUUAGGUGAGACGGAGGAGACUGGGUGAGCUAGCUAAUGGGGUUGGCGUAAUGGGGUAUAUGUUAGGUGAGGGAUUAGGGGCAGGGGUUAGUGAGGGCAUCCCUUCCCUUAAUGCGUUUGUUGGGUGUGCUGCGGCUAAGUGAGCUAUGAAUUAAGUUAAGGGUCUAUGUGUUAGGUGAUAGGCUGGGUUUUGUGUUAGGUAAGGGUUUAGGGGAUGAGUGUGCUAUGGAAAGCUUGGGACUGGAUGGUAUGGGCAGUGUGCCAGAGAUGGGGUAUUUAGUUAGCUGAGAGGGGGUAUUUAGUUAGCUGAGAGGGGUAUUUAGUUAGCUGAGAGGGAGUAUUUAGUUAGCUGAGAGGGGUAUUUAGUUAGCUGAGAGGGGUAUUUAGUUAGCUGAGAGGGAGUAUUUAGUUAGCUGAGAGGAGUAUUUAGUUAGCUGAGAGGGGGUAUUUAGUUAGCUGAGAGGGGUAUGUAGUUAGCUGAGAGGAGUAUUUAGUUAGCUGAGAGGGUAUUUGGGUUGUGGCUGGGAGGGGUAUUUAGUUGGCUGAGGAGGGUAUUUGGUUAGCUGGGGAGGGGUAUUUGGUUGGCUGAGUGGGUAUUUAGUUGAGCUGAGGGGAGGGUAUUUUAGCAUUUAUCUGGGGAGGGUAUUUAGUUGGCACAGAGGGUAUUUAGUUAGCUGAGGAGGGGUAUUUAGUUAGCUGGGGAGGGGUAUUUGGUUAGCUGAGGAGGGUAUUUGGGGUGCUGAGGAGGGGUAUUUAGUUAGCUGAGGAGGGGUGUUUAGUUGGCUGGGGAGGGGUAUUUAGUUAGCUGAGGGAGGGGGUAUUUAGUUAGCUGAGAGGGGGUAUUUGGUUAGCUGGGGAGGGGUGUUGGUUAGCUGAGGAGGAGUGUUUUAGUUAGCUGAGGAGGGUAUUUUAGUUAGCUGGGAGGGUAUUUGAGAUUGCUAGAGGGUAUUUAGUUGCUUCAAGGGAGGGUAUUUUAGGGUGCACAAGGUAGUAUUUGGGUUAGCUGAGAGGGUAUUUGGGUGCUGAGAGGUAUUUGGUGGCUGAGAUGGAGUAUUUAGUUAGCUGAGGGAGGGAGGUAUUUAGUUAGCUGAGGAGAGGGGUAUUUAGUUAGCUGAGAGGGAGUAUUUAGUUAGCUGAGAGGAGUAUUUAGUUAGCUGAGAGGGAGUAUUUAGUUAGCUGAGAGGGGUAUGUAGUUAGCUGAGAGGAGUAUUUAGUUAGCUGAGAGGGAGUAUUUAAUUAGUUGAGAGGGGGUAUUUAGUUAGCUGAGAGGGAGUAUUUAGUUAGCUGAGAGGGGUAUUUAGUUAGCUGAGAGGGAGUAUUUAGUUAGCUGAGAGGGGUAAUUAAUUAGCUGAGAGGGGGUAUUUAGUUAGCUGAGAGGGGUAUUUAGUUAGCUGAGAGGGAGUAUUUCGUUGGCUGAGAUGGAGUAUUUAGUUAGCUGAGAGGGGUAUUUAGUUAGCUGAGAGGGGUAUGUAGUUAGCUGAGAGGAGUAUUUAGUUAGCUGAGAGGGGGUAUUUAGUUAGCUGAGAGGAGUAUUUAGUUAGCUGAGAGGGGUAUUUAGUUAGCUGAGAGGGAGUAUUUAAUUAGUUGAGAGGGGGUAUUUAGUUAGCUGAGAGGGAGUAUUUAGUUAGCUGAGAGGGGUAUGUAGUUAGCUGAGAGGAGUAUUUAGUUAGCUGAGAGGGAGUAUUUAGUUAGCUGAGAGGGGUAUUUAGUUAGCUGAGAGGGGUAUUUAGUUAGCUGAGAGGGAGUAUUUAGUUAGCUGAGAGGGGUAUUUAGUUAGCUGAGAGGGAGUAUUUAGUUAGCUGAGAGGGAGUAUUUAAUUAGUUGAGAGGGGGUAUUUAGUUAGCUGAGAGGGAGUAUUUAGUUAGCUGAGAGGGGUAUUUAGUUAGCUGAGAGGGAGUAUUUAGUUAGCUGAGAGGGGUAUUUCAUUAGCUGAGAGGGGGUAUUUAGUUAGCUGAGAGGGGUAUUUAGUUAGCUGAGAGGGAGUAUUUCGUUAGCUGAGAUGGAGUAUUUAGUUGGCUGAGAGGGGUAUUUAAUUAGUUGAGAGGGGGUAUUUAGUUAGCUGAGAGGGAGUAUUUAGUUAGCUGAGAGGGGUAUUUAGUUAGUUGAGAGGGGGUAUUUAGUUAGCUGAGAGGGUAUUUAGUUAGCUGAGAGGGGUAUUUAGUUAGCUGAGAGGGAGUGUUUAGUUAGCUGAGAGGGGGUAUUUAGUUAGCUGAGAGGGAUAUUUAGUUAGCUGAGAGGGAGUAUUUAGUUAGCUGAGAGGGGUAUUUAGUUAGCUGAGAGGGGGUAUUUAGUUAGCUGAGAGGGGGUAUUAACUUGGCUGCGUUUCAAAUAGUUUUUGGGGAAUUGGUAGCGAGUGAAUAUUUUAAUUGAUGGUCUGGGGGUUAAUGUCUUGGGGAAGAGUCCAGAAUUGGUUGGUAGGGAGAGUUUUGCGUUAUGUUUGGGGGCUGUGUGUGCUAUCUGGAUGGAUGGGACUGUCAGGUGACAAAGUGAGCUGCUAUACAUUAAUGGGUAAACAAGUAGGUGUUGGAAUAGGAUCAAAUUGUGAUUUAUUUUCUUUUUCAGGGAAUAGUUAUCUCCUGAGAUGCUGUCCCAUGUGGAGGAGACUCAUAGAGCACUACACUGCAAGGAGAGCUGUUGUCCAUUCCUCUAUCAUUGAUGUAUCAAACCCCCGUCGACGUUAAAUUUGUUUACACAACUAGAUCGUUCCGAUGCCCCCACUCACCAGCAGUGGAUAAUUGUAAGUCUCCCGUUUAUGAAUAGCAACACAUUCCGCUGUUCCCUUUAAGAAUGGACUCAGCACUGUAUAGCUCCCUCUCAGCGGGGGCUGAGCAUUUUAUUACUCAUUCCAAGAAGACCUCAACAUUCCACUCUCCAUUAAAAUGGACAGAACAUUCUACUCCCCUUCUUUACCAGGGGCAGAAAUUCGAGAUUUCCCUAAGCAGGUGCAAAUUUUUUACAGUGACCGAUCUGACCAUGCUGGCUGGCUAUCGGUUAAAGCAAAGCAUUCAAUCACACACGUUCCGCAAUAAGGGCAACGUUCAUUUCUAAACCUUCUCAGCAUGCGGAGAACAAUCUGCCAUCAAGACUUUUGUCUGCUGUCAUUUUUACAGCUUUUAAUUCAGGAAGGAACAUUCCAACCAGCAUAACCACUACAAAUAGUGCUCUGUAAAUAGUCAAACUAUUUGCUAUUAGUUUGGCAAUUGCACAGAGCUUCCGUUAGUUCUCCUGAGCUAAAGCCUGCCAUGUAGGGCCUGCUUAUUGGGAAGUACUCUCGGACAAUGAGCUACUUCCUGCAUUGCCGGACUAGUACAGGGCAGAGAACCUCCAGCUCUCAAUGGAGGAGAUAACUAACGCUCGGCGGACCCCAGGUACACGGACGGUUUGACUAUUUACAUUGGGGAGCCCUGUAACCAUAACCACCACAGCGAGCUACAGUGCUUCUUCCGCUUGGAGUGUUCGAGUUAACAAUUUUAUACAGUGUUUUAAAUAUGAUGCCAUAAUUUUACGAGUCACUGUAAAAUGAGCAUGACGAGCGACAAAACAAUGCAGAACGUCUCGGGUCAGUGAUUCCGGUUCUUUAAAACCACCUCCAAAUGCAGUGAUCCAUAAUGUGGUAUUGGGGGGGGAAGUAUUUUGUGAUAAUGUAGCCUCUUGAAACAAAGCAGGGUAACUGUGGGUUUCCAGUUUGCGUAAGACUGUAACUCCUAUUAAUCACAGCUGGCUGUGAGUGUUGGGAAUUGCCACUAAACAAUGGUUCCACAACCCCAGGCAUAUGAAGAGCUAUAUUAUUUUUAAAAAAAAUAAUAUUUUUUUUAAUCAAACAGGAUUUUGUGAGCAUUUUAAUAAGCUCUCCCUUUUUAUAUAUCUGCUGUCCUUCAAG